AUGUGUUUCAAAAAAAAUUCUACCAGGCGAGGAACCAAUCGAACAGGUCAGUGGAAACAACCGAAUUACAAAUCUCUAAUUUCAACUCAAGGAAAUUCUAGUAAAGGUUUUUCGAAUACAACUUCUCUGUUUCGGUGCAAAGAUUGCGGUUUUAGACAUCAUCCUGACCCAUGUCUUCGAAUGAUCGGCGUCUGUUGUAACUGUGGUCAACGAGGUCAUCUAGCUCGUGAUUGUAAACAAGGGCCAAAAGAUAACUCCAACGAUAAAGAGAAGCAAUCUAAUGCCGGUGGUCGAGCUUUUACACUAUCUGCUGACAAAUCUAAUGAGGCUAUGGUUUCUGGUACCCUUUCUAUCAAUGGUAGAGAUGCAUAUGUUUUAUUUGAUACAGGUGCUACACACUCGAUUGUUUUUGAAAACUUCGAAGAAAAUCUUAAAUCAUAUGAAAAAUCCACUAAAUUUUCGUUACAUAUUACUACUCUUAUGGGUACUUCAGUAUGUAUACUUGGUCAAUUCCCAAACUGUCUGUUAUUUAUUGGUGAUUGA